AUGGCUCGGCUGGAUGAUAACAGGAGGAGAUAUGAAGAAAGGAAAAGAUUUAAAGGGCACCAAGUCCAGCAUAAGAGAGAAGCCCCUCCCUCGUACACAAGAAGAGACUAUUAUGAGGAUCGUAGAACAGACUCAAGGUACAACUCUCGACAGCAUCAAAGCUAUGCACCAGUGACCAGUGAAUACCGAAGAGGUCGUGAUGACUAUAACCCAGGAAGAUCUGUCUCACGAGAAUCUGGUGCCAGAGUGGGAGUAAAAAAUAACCCCCACAUAUCUGACUCCCCAAGCAAAAUGACAGAGCAUGACAGAGACAGAGACAGAGACAGAGACAGAGAUAGAAGUAGUCAAAUAACAGAGAAGAGACGAGCACCUAGUCAUGACUCAGCCUCCAAAAUACAACUUCCGGCUCUACAAGACCCUACUCCACACUCAACAGAUUUAAGAAGGGCCCUGUCACGUAGAAAGGAUGGAGAAGCUUCAGGAGACCAAGUGUCUUCAGGACGCCGCUCCAUUAAAGAAAGACUGAUGCUACCUGAUAUCCCUCACUCCACAGACUUAAGACGAUCUUUAUCGCUGAGAGAUGAUGGAAAUGAGAUGGGAGGCCACACAUCUGCGAAUAGACCCCCAGUUAAACAAAGGUUAUCAUUGCCCUCCAAUGGGAAAUCUAGACUUGCGCAGCAAGGGACCUCUACAGGCUCUAGUCGCCUUCAAGAUAUCGAUAUUCAUUAUCUGGAGGAAAUCAUGGAACCACCAUGA